CCCUCGCUCACAGCCAUGUACUAUUUCUCCGGACUGGUGUUUUUUGGCUGUCUAGCGCUGGGAUAUGGGUUCAUCGGAGGUACUCAGAACAGUCUGUUUGGAUCCAGCGGAGGUUCUGGCAUGACGGGGAUGGGCGGUGGAGGAGACAUGUUUUCAGCUUUAUUUGGUAUGGGUGGGGGCACUGGUGCUGGAAUGGGUGGUAUGGGUUCUGGACAAAGUGGAAAUUCAAUGGAUUCCAUGAUGUACACUCUGAGCAGAAUGACUCUUUGUGGCGAGACUCCAUCUCGGAUCAGGUACAAAACUAGAGGCCGUUGUAGUCCAUACGAAUGCAACCGAAUGACAACCGGACAUGACGUAGCUUGCUUGGGGCACUCAUGCUGCUGUAAAACCUUUCAAUGCACAAUGUUGCUCGACGCUUGAUCAGUGGAUGGUUUUAAUAUGUGGUGGGGAAUCGGAUGCGUUCGACCCAAGAUUGGUGAAUAUUUGGACAAACAAUAUUUUUGGAUACGGAUAUUUUAAUUGUACAGGGCAUUUGGUGUCGCGGAACAGAAUAUGUACAAGUAUCUUGAACUAAACAGAAUUUGUUCUUAUUGUAACAUCAUACCAUAGGCACCAUUUGAGUGACUGAUUAUUCACUAUUGAACGUAUGGAAUUAGAAAUGUCAUGAUUAUGAUAAAAUGCUGAUCUAUCAAAUGCAUCCAUUUUGAUUUGAAAGAAAAAAUACUUCUGUAAAAGAAUGCUCUCCUCCUUUUGUAUGUUAUCAUUAAUACUACUAUUAAACAAACUAUCAUA